CAGGAUAUAUUAUUCAAGAAAGGAUAAACACCGUGUGUUGAAUCCUACCUGUCCUCCGGGAACUCUGAAGUGGUUUACGCCAAAAGUGCCGCCGAUCGUCAAGUCGCUCUUCUCUGAUCGGGGUUGCACGGAUCAGUUCAAAAGCCGCCGCGGCUUUUCUUGUCCUCAGGACGGCAGCCUUCAGUGCCCCUCGUGUAAGACCAUCUACGGCGAAAAGACGGGCACGCAGCCAAAAGGCAAGAUGGAGAUUUACAGCAUCCCGCAAGCGCUGCCCGGACACCCGGACUGCGGCGCCAUCCAGAUCAUCUACAGCAUCCUGCCGGGAAUACAGGGUCCGGAGCAUCCCAACCCGGGACAGCCCUUCACCUGCCGAGGAUUCCCUCGCUUCUGCUUCUUGCCCGACAGCGACAAAGGCAGGAAGGUAGUCAGACAACGAAAUCCUGUUUCAGCGCCGGCGAUGCGUUUCCACACUCGGCCUGUGAGAGGUGGAAAACCUGACAUGUCAGCUAGCAUAUAAAGCUAACAUGGGAUGCGAAAUUAGCCUUCAAAACCGGUGACGCUUUCAUCUACCCGGCGCGGCAAAGUAUUCCACAAGUUUCCAUGGGAAAUUGUGGUUGAAAUCUACA